AUGGGUAAUAUUAAAGAGUUGUUUAUUUUUUUUUGCUUUUUGUCUGUUGUUUUUCCUUUAAUUUAUUGUGGAAAAGAUAAUGAAAAAAAAAUUCAUUUCAAAAUAGAGCUACUUGAUAACGAUUUUCUACUAUCAAAUGAGCACUUAAAGAAAGAAAAAAGCAUAUUUCAAAGUGGAAAUAAAUUAAAAAUAAAAACCUUUGAAAAAAUUCAAGGAAAUGUCCUUGAGAGAGCCAUAGUUGUAGAACAAGUGAACAAACUAAAAAGUGGCAAUGUGGAAGAGAAUGAUAUAAGUCUAGAAGAUUCAAGUGAUGAUAAUACAGAUUCUAACAAUGACGCAAACAAAAAUAAAAUGAAAGUUAUUUCAUCUGAAGAAUCUGUAGAAAAUGAUAUUCAUAUGUUACGUAAGGUUUAUCAAAAAAUAUUGCCGGAUACAACGACUACUUAUUGUUAUAUUAGAUACACAUUUAAUCUUAAUUUAGAGAAAUUAAGUGAAAGUAAUAAAAGUGAGAUAUUUAAAGGAAUAGAUAACAGUUUAGAUUAUACAUCUUUUUUACCAAAAGAUAAAAUGAACGUUACAGAAUCUAUACUAGAAAAUGAAUAUACAAAUAUAGAUAAAUCCGAGGGUUCUAAUGAUUCUAUUAUAUCAAAUUUGGAACUAAUAAAUGGUGAUAUCGAAACGGAAAAUACUAACGAAGAAUACAUUAAAACUAUUGAUGAUAUUAUUGACUAUUUUGAUGAUAAUAAUGAUACGUUAAGUAUACCGAUACCUAUUAAAAAUAAAUUAAUAAGUGAAAAAAAAAACCUAAUCGAAUAUAAUCAGUCCAAAAAAUAUGAAGGUCCUGAAAUAACCAAAGAGGAUAUGGAAACUAUUGGAUUUUAUGAAAUGUUAAAAAUGUUAAAAAAUUCAUUUUUUAUGACAAAAAACCUAAAAAGUUUAUCACAAAAUCUAAAUGAGAAAAAAGAUAAUGAAAUCGAUAUUGAUGACAUUUUUAUAAAUUCAAUUAUUAACAUAUUUGGCUGUUAUGAGACGUUGAAAAAAAAUAAUAAAAUAGAUUCUAUUUUCAUGAGUAUUGAAAAUAAAAAUAAUAUAAACAGAUAUGCUGAAAUACAUGAUCAUAGUUUUUCUAAUAAGUCACCUAGACGCAGCAUAUUGAAUGAGAGUUUUAUGGAUAUUAAUGAAGAUGCCGGAGAAUGCGAAUCCUUUUUAAAAUCAAUUUUACAAAAUAAAAUAUUUGAAAAUGAUUCAAGAGCUUCAGAGAACGAACAAAACAUGAGUUUUGAUACGGAAAUGAGUAAUCAAGAAGGUACUGAAGAAAAUGAUUUAAAAUCAGACGAUUCAUUUGAUAAUAGUUCAAAUAUAAAUAUACUUAAACCAAGUGUUAGAAAAUCAUACAAUACUUCUAACAAUUUCGAUUACAAUAACAAUGGUAAUACAGAAGAAUUAAGUACCAUGGAAGAAAUACACACUGAUUUAGGGGAUAUCGAAUCAUUUGCAGAACUAUCUGAUAAAAUGAGAAAUGAUGAUAUAUUAGACGAGAGUGAUGAAAAUGAUGAUGAAGGUAGUAACGAAGAAAGUAUAGAAAAUAAUGAAGAAUCUGAAGAUUAUAGCGCUAACGACGAAGAAGAUAGCGAGGAUGAGGAUUAUACUGAUGUAGACGAGGACUAUACUGAUGUAGAUGAGGAUUAUACUGAUGUAGAUGAUGAUAAUAGUGAUGAAGAUGAAAAUGAUGAAGAUGAAAAUGACGAAACUGAUAUAUUUGCAAAAGAAGACGCAGAUAAAAAUGAUAUGAAUAGGACGGUAGAUUCCGAUGGUUAUGAUGAGAAUGGUAAUUUUGUCGAAGAGGACGAUGAAGAUGAUGAUGAUGAUAAAUAUUCAAAUACUCCUUGGCAUGAUGAUUAUGAUAAUACUGUAUUUGAAAGAGAAUACGAAGCUAGAAAAAAUAGGAUGGUAGAUUAUGAUGGUUAUGAUGAGAAUGGUAAUUUUGUCGAAGAGGACGAUGAAGAUGAUGAUGAUGAUAAAUAUUCAAAUACUCCUUGGCAUGAUGAUUAUGAUAAUACUGUAUUUGAAAGAGAAUACGAAGCUAGAAAAAAUAGGAUGGUAGAUUAUGAUGGUUAUGAUGAGAAUGGUAAUUUUGUCGAAGAGGACGAUGAAGAUGAUGAUGAUGAUGAUAAAUAUUCAAAUACUCCUUGGCAUGAUGAUUAUGAUAAUACUGUAUUUGAAAGAGAAUACGAAGCUAGAAAAAAUAGGAUGGUAGAUUAUGAUGGUUAUGAUGAGAAUGGUAAUUUUGUCGAAGAUGAAGAUGACGCUAUAAAGCGUACUAAAGAAAUUAAAAUAGAAGAUGUUGUAGGUUCCUUAUUAAGAGCAGGUACAAAAAAAAUAAAAGGUUUAGGAAAAACUGAUACUGCAAAAAAAAUUAAAAAAAAUAUGAGUAUUAGUAAUUUAUCAGGAAAAGUUAAUGGAAUUAUGGGAAAUAUUAAGAAUGCAACGAAAAAGACUAUUAGUAAGCCCAAAAAGGAAAUCUCAAAUAGUAUUAAUAAUAUUAAAAGAAAUGGGGAAAAUAUAGUUGAUAAAACUAAAAAGGAAAUAAAAAAAAAUACAAAUAAUCUUAAAGUAAGCACAAUAAAUGGAAUGGAUAAUAUCAAAAACCAAGCAACACAAGGUAUUAAUAAACUAAAGAAUGGAAUGGAAAAGAAUGUUAAUGCAAUUAAGGAAACAAGUAAAAGUUUUUCUGAUAAAGCUACGAAAGCAGGGAAAAGUAGCAUUAAUCAACUUAAAAAUAAAGCUAAAAGUGGCAUUAAAAGUAUUAAAAAAAGCGGAAAUAAAAUUGUUAAUAAAGUAGUGAAAGGAAGUAAAGAUAAUGUAAAUAAACUUGAAAAUAAAGCAAACAAGGGAGUUGAAACAAUUAAAGAAAAAACUGAAAAUGCCAUAGAUCAAGUUGUAAAAGUAGUAAAGGAUGGCGCAGAUAAACUUGAAAAAGAAGCAAAAAAGGGAGUUGAAGCAGUUAAAGAAAAGAGUGAAAAUGCUGUAGACAAAGUCACUAAGGCCGCAAAAGAUAACGAAGAUAAACUUAAAAAAGAAGCAAAAAAGGGAAUUGAAUCAGUUAAAGUAAAAACAGAAAAUGCUGUAGACAAAGUUACUAAAGUUGCAAAAGAUAACGGAGAUAAACUUAAAAAAGAAGCACAGAAGGGAGUUGAAGCAGUUAAAGUAAAAACUGAAAAUGCUGUAGACAAAGCUGUAAAAGUAGUAAAGGAUGGAGCAAAUAAACUUGAAAAUGAAACAAAAAAGGGAGUUGAAACAGUUAAAGCAAAAACCGAAAAUGCUGUAGAUAAAGCUGUAAAGGUAGUAAAUGAUGGAGCAAAUAAACUUGAAAAAGAAGCAAAAAAAGGAGUUGAAACAGUUAAAGCAAAAACCGAAAAUGCUGUAGACAAAGCUGUAAAAGUAGUAAAUGAUGGAGCAAAUAAACUUGAAAAAGAAGCAAAAAAAGGAGUUGAAACAGUUAAAGCAAAAACCGAAAAUGCUGUAGACAAAGCUGUAAAAGUAGUAAAUGAUGGAGCAAAUAAACUUGAAAAAGAAGCAAAAAAAGGAGUUGAAGCAGUUAAAGUAAAAACUGAAAACGCUGUAGAUAAAGCUGUAAAAGUAGUAAAGGAUGGUACAAAUAAACUUGAAAAUGAAGCAAAAAAAGUGGCUAACGAAAUUAAGACAAAAGGUGAUAAGGUUAUAGAUAAUGCUGAAAAAUCUGCAAAAAAUAUCACGGGAAAAGUUUCGACUGAAACAAAAAACACUCUAGAAAAUAUUACAAAAGAAGUAGAAAAAGGAGUAAAGGAUAACAAAACAGGAAUUAAAACUUCUAGCACAAAUUUAGAGAAUAAUAAAAAUGGUAAUAUAAAUAAAACUAAUGAAGGAUUAAAUAAAGAAAAAAAUACCACAAAAACAAAGGAUGUAUUACCUGCAUCCCCCCCAAAAGGUGCUAAAAGUACUCCAGUAAAUAAAAACUCCAAAAGUAAAUCAUCCUUAUUAAGUAUAUCUGAUGAAAUUAAUGAAGAACCCUUAAAUAAAGAAAAAAUAAAAAAGGAAAUAAAUAAAAUUGAUAAAGAAUACAAAAAAUUGAAAAAAAUGGAAAAAAAAUUAAAUGAAGAAUUAAAGAACCCCUCUCCUUCAGACAAACAAAUAAUUCAUGAAUUUGAUGAAUAUGAAAAAACAGUUGAAAAGAAAAAUAAAAAAUUAUAA